GGCUGUCGCUGCUGUACCCGGCAGGGGGAGUAGCUGAGCUGCCGGGCUCGGAUUGGGCUCUCUCCGGGAUGGUUUAAGUGAGAUACCGCUAUGGCCUUUCUGCUCCGGCGCCUGGGCCUCGUCCGCCUAGCAAUCAGCAACAACUCCGGGAGCUCAGGCCCAUAUCAGAAUUAUACCAAGGUUCUCACUGUUGGACUGAAGACAUAUGAGCAUCCUCCCAGUUAUGAUGAUGUGAUGAUUCCAGAGAAGCCAAAGCUAAAAUUUGUUAACAAAGUCCCCAACUACAAGAAGCCCAGGCGCUGGAUGAAAAGGCUGGGAGACAUUCGUGGACCAGCAACACGGGCUAAUACGCUCACCUGGGGACAGUAUGGCAUUGUCGCUCUUGGAGGUGGUUAUCUUCAUUGGGGUCACUUUGAAAUGAUGCGCCUCACCAUUAACCGACGGAUGGAUGCCAAGACCAUGUUUGCUCGCUGGCGUGUAAAUCCUCCAUAUAAACCCAUUACACGCAAAGGAUUAGGUCAGAGAAUGGGUGGUGGGAAAGGAGCCAUCGAUCAUUAUGUCACUCCAGUCAAGCAUGGCCGGAUUAUAGUGGAGUUUGGAGGCAAGUGUGCGUUUGAGGAGGUAGAGCCCUUUCUGUCAGAAGUUGCCAAGAAAUUGCCGUUUCCUGCAAAGACAAUCAGCAAGAAACACUUGGAGGAGCUGAUGAAGGAAGAUGAGCAGAAGGCCAAAAAUAAUCAGAAUCCCUGGACCUUUGAAAGAAUUGCAACCAUGAACAUGAUGGGAAUCCGCAAAGUAUUGAGCCCGUUUGACUUAAAAUAUCAUGGCAAAUUCUGUGGGAAAUUACGUGUUCCUAAUCGUGUGUGAAGAUUAAAAAAUCUGGCAAAAUA